CGGGGCUCCAGUGCGGGGAAGCGGCGGCGGGUCAGGCUACCGGGUCCAGAGCGCGGAACCGGGCGGCGCGGCGGCGGCGGAGCGCUAGCCAUGGCGGGCUGCUGCGCGGUGCUGGCGGCCUUCCUGUUCGAGUACGACACGCCGCGCAUCGUGCUCAUCCGCAGCCGUAAAGUGGGGCUCAUGAACAGGGCGGUGCAGCUGCUCAUCCUGGCCUACGUCAUCGGCUGGGUGUUUGUGUGGGAAAAGGGCUACCAGGAAAUGGACUCUGUGGUCAGCUCUGUUACUGCCAAAGCCAAGGGUGUAACCACGACCAAUACUUCUAAACUUGGAUUCCGGAUCUGGGAUGUGGCCGAUUAUGUGAUUCCAGCUCAGGAGGAAAACUCCCUCUUCAUCAUGACCAACAUGAUCGUCACCAUGAACCAGACCCAGGGCCUCUGUCCUGAGAUUCCAGAUGAGACCACCGUGUGUGAAUCCGAUGCCAACUGUACUGCUGGCUCUGCAAGCACCCACAGCAAUGGAGUUGCGACAGGAAGGUGCGUGCCGUUCAAUGAGACCGUGAACACAUGCGAGGUGGCAGCCUGGUGCCCGGUGGAGGAUAACGCACAAGUGCCAACGCCUGCUUUUUUAAAGGCUGCAGAAAACUUCACUCUUUUGAUUAAGAACAACAUCUGGUAUCCCAAAUUUAAUUUCAGCAAGAGGAAUAUCCUUCCCAACAUCACCACUACCUACCUCAAGACGUGCAUUUAUGACGCUAAAACAGAUCCCUUCUGCCCCAUAUUCCGACUUGGCAAAAUAGUGGAGAACGCAGGGCACAACUUCCAGGACAUGGCUGUCGAGGGAGGCAUCAUGGGCAUCCAGAUCAAAUGGGACUGCAACCUGGACAGAGCCGCCUCCCUCUGCUUGCCCAGGUAUUCCUUCCGCCGCCUGGACACCCGGGACGUGGACCACAACGUGUCCCCAGGCUACAAUUUCAGGUUUGCCAAGUACUACAACGACCUGACCGGCACCGAGCGCCGCACGCUCAUCAAAGCCUAUGGCAUCCGAUUCGACAUCAUCGUGUUUGGAAAGGCUGGGAAAUUUAACAUCAUCCCCACCAUGAUCAACAUUGGCUCUGGCUUGGCGCUCUUAGGGGUGGCAACAGUGCUGUGUGAUGUCAUUGUCCUCUACUGCAUGAAGAAAAGAUACUACUAUCGGGAGAAGAAAUAUAAAUAUGUGGAAGACUAUGAGCGGGGUCUUGGCAGUGAGACGGACCAGUGAUGCCCACCCCACACCUGGGCUCUCCUUGGCCCUCAUCAGAGCACAGCAAGGAGGGAGAAAAGGCUGCCUGCCAUGUCACCCCAGAGGAAGUUCCAGAUUCUGAGUCAGUCUCCACAAGUACUGCAGGGUUGCCCAGCUGCUCCCAUGUCUGGUGUGUAGGGUUUGCGUAGUAAACCACUACGCACGUUGGUCACCUCCUGUCUGUGGCUGGGUCACCUCUGCCGUUCCUUCUCUUUGGGGUCACUGGGGCAAGCUCUGGCCCGAGGGCAGUGAAGUGGCUGUGGCUACAGGGCCGAGGACUUCUCCAGGGCCGGGUCUCCUCAGAAGCUUCCAUCUCCAGCCCCCUUCGAGACAGGCCCAGUCCUCCAAGGCCCGGCAGCUCCACUCAAGCACUGUAUAAGGAAGGCGGGACACCUGGCUGUGCUUGUAGCUCUUCGGCACUUCCAGGCUGCUGUUCCCCUCCCCCCACCCGAGGCUUCAACCACGAGGUCAUGAGGCGGAGCUAGUGUUUUUCCUUUGAGAAGAGCUACAUUGAGAUGACUGAGGACCAAACAUUAAAACAAAUGAUUUUCUUAAUCUCUGUGUGGUUUCACAGCGUGAGCUAGAACUUUCCUUCCUUCCCCUUUACUUGGACCAGUAAAUCCAUUUGUUUUCCCAGCUCACUGUGCUCCUGAAACAGUCUAUUGCUGGAGCUUAGGGUUUUUUUUUUUUCAACUUUAACCUUCUCUUAAAACCUAAGAAGUGUGAUCUUUGUUAGCUUG